CGGAGCCCCACCAAAAACUUCAUCGCAUCGCAUCACAUCACGAACAAACCCACUUCGGAAUUUCUCAGUCAAUCCCCCAAGUCAAUCGAGACCCCAAACCUCCGCCGUCACCCGCCCUGACGGCCCCCGAUCUAGACAAUGGCGAAGAAGGCCAAGUCCCGUCUCAUCCCCGUGCGCCUCAUCUCGAUGGCCAUGACCGGCUUCUUCUACACCUACUCGCGCCCGCGAGCGUCGCGGCCCAUGAGCAUGCUGAAAUACGACCCCGUCGUCCGGAAAAAGGUGCUUUUCCUCGAACAGAAACGGAAAAUAAAAUAGUGGGAGCGCGCGCUCCGCCUAUUCUUACGACACCUCACGACAUUACGAUGACCAAAAAGUCUCGAGUAUUAUAGGAACCGCUAUCGCUUACCUGUCACAAAGACUUAGAUGCGUGGAGGGACCGGUCCGGAAUAAUACCUCGUGGAUAUCAUCAUGGUUGUAUAAAUAUAUACAAUGUACUAUACUCUAACGUGGUCUACCCCUCAAUGGUCCCGGCGUAUAUUCGCGAUGCAUUAAGCCGCGCCUGUCAUGGGAAGUAAAUAUUUGAUUACUACAUUCGCCUCACCCUUCAAUAAGGCCAAGAUGAACCAGCUUCUCGAAUUCGUGUUUUUCUUAUAUAUAUUUUUAUCUCCACAUCUGUCCCAA